GUUAACGUUUAACGGAAGAACGUCGAACGUUGUCGGUGUGAAAUAAGAAAAAAAAGAAACAAAUUAUACACAAAAAGGAAAUAAUAAAAAAAGAAAAAAACAACAACAACAGUGUGUAUAACUAACAUCAUAAAUACAUACAGCGGAAUUAUACCCACACAAAAUCUCUGUCUAUACCACCAACUAGUAGUGACGGCUUAAAAAAAGUUGUGUGUUUUAUUUAAUUCAUUUUAUUUAUUUGUCUGUCUGAUUGUCAGUCAGUCAAUUCAAUAAAAAUUACAUUUGAUUUAAAAAUUACAACUCAUCUUUCGUAUACAAAAGAAAAAAGAAGUUAAGUUGGAAAAAUAAAUAAAUAAAAAAUAGCGAGUGAAGUGGUGUUUUUUUUUAAAGAGUUCCAAUACAAAAAAGUGCGUACGAAAGUGUAUGUGUUGAGCGUAAAUUAAAUAAAAAGUAUGUGUUGUUUUUUUAUGUGUAUAGAAAAAUAAAAGAAGAGGAAAAUUGGAAAAAAAUAAACUCGCACGCAUAAAUUGUUACUGUGUGUGUAUGUAUGUCUUAAUCGGCUGUACCCUUUUCUCAAAAUCGAUGUAAACACGAGACAAAAAAGCAAAUUACAAAAAAAAUUACAUACAGUCAGUGUUUUUGUUAUUUUGAAAAAUAAAUAAAAGAAAAAAUUGGGUAAAAAUACCGGUCGUGUUCAUUUUUUUUUAUAAAAAAGUGUAUUUUUUUUUAAAAUAGUUUAAAAACACAGCAAAAACAAACAAGUCCAGCUCUUAUUUUACAACUUUCGUUUUACGUACCAAAAAAUAAAAAUUAACUUGACGCGUUGUGUGCCGACAAAAUAAAUAAUUUCAUUUGUUCGUCGUAAUAAUAAUUUUGCCGCAACUAGAAUAAUUCGAUGAUAAUAAUAAAAAAGUAAAUAUCUAAAUUGUAUUAAACGAAAUUAAAGAAAUAAAAUUGUGUAUAACUAAAAGUAGCAAAACCACAACUACUAACUACUUGGCAGUUCUUUAUUAAAAAAAGCUAAAAAUUACGUGAGAAAAAAAGUAACAAACGAAGAUAAUACGAGAAAUAAAUGAAAUAGAAAAUACAGAUGAUAAUAAUAAUUAAAAUCGUUUAAAAAUCAUUUAACGAAAAGUGUUUUUCUCUCUGUAAUACAAAAAAAAUUUCAACAUUGGCAAUUUAUUUUAACUACAUUUGAGAUCAUUUAUAUUAUAAAUAUAUAGCAAAACAAUAUAUUAUAAAGUUAGUAUUAUUAUAUUGUCUAUAUAUCUGGAAUAUAUAUAAACAAAAAAAAAUUAUACAAAAUUACUAUUAUUAUACGAAAGAAAUAAACAUGUUGUCAACCACAACUGCCACUUCUACAUCGUCGUCGUCGUCAGUUUCUUCAGCAGCAGCAAAAACCAACAACACAACUACUACUAAAAUGAUGACCAAGUGUCAUCGUCCACAACGCUGUCAAAUGCAAUACCAUAACGGUAUAUCAUCGUCAUCGUUGCCAUCAUCAUUAUCAUCAACAUCAUCAUCCUUUUAUGGCCUUAACAAAUGGCUAUGGACUGCUGUACUAUUUGGAUUAUUAAUAGUAACUGCUAGUGCUAUAGAUGAGAAUUCUAAACCUUCACCAGCCUCAACAGUAUCAUCGAGUCUAUCACCGAGAGAUGAAAUUUACAUUGAUGAUGAAGGCCUUGAUGGUUCCGGACGUGGUGGGAUACACGAUGAUUUAGAAAAAGAUCACGAUUUUUCUGGUUCCGGCUUUGGUCCCGAUGACGAGGACUCUGACAGUGAUUAUCGUCACAAUACGCAUAAACACCAAACGGGUAAAUCAAAUAUAAAUAAGAAUAUUGAUGACAACGAUUUCAUAACCACAAGUAGAAAUAAUCAAAAUCAAAACAAUAUCCAUCAAACAUCAUCAAAUAGCGGCAUCAAUAAUAAUAAUAAUCAAGGGAAUACAGGCUUCAUCAGUUCCGGUGGUAGUUCGGCAACAAGUGGUAACACUGGCCUUAAUACAAUCGACAAAAACAACAAUCAGCAAGAAAAUCAUGGCAAAAUUGUGCCACCACCACCCCCUAUUCACCAUCACGAUGAUGAAGAUUUCAAUAUUGAGGAGGAAGAGGAGGGUGGCAUUUUAGCUGGCAGCGGUGAUGGCGGUCUCAUUGAUCGUGGCAACGACAAUGACGACGACGAUCAUACCGGCGAUGUAGAUGAAGAUACGGGUGAUGAAUUACCUGAUAUCACUAAAUAUGAUCAUGGCAUCUUCAAUUCAGCCACUCCUCCUAAAACCGACCAUGAUCACUCCAAUACCCAUGAUGGUGACAGUGAUGAUUUCGAAGAAGAGGAGCAUUUCGAUCACAAUCAACCAAUUGAUCACGAUGAUGAUGAUGGUGAUGAUGAUGACAACGAGGAUGAUGAUCAUGAUGACGUUGAUGAUGUACACAAAACACAUUCCGAAGAUGGCACUGAAAUUUAUACCGAUAUUACCGAUGAAUCUAGCACUGGAUCGUCAUCAUCAUCUUCUUCGUCUACUACCGAGAAACGACCUGGUGGCAUUAAUAAUCAAGGAGGCACAAAUAUACACGAUUUGGAUACGAACAGCAUCAACAGUUUGCCACCAGAUACUAAAAUAAUCGAACAGACCACAGGCAACGAGGUUUUAAUCAUGAACGCCAACGAUGACGAUAGAACGGCGAGCUUCUUUGCUCAACCAGGCAUUUUAGCGGCUGUUAUUGGCGGCGCUGUUGUUGGUCUAUUGUGCGCCAUUUUGGUUGUCAUGUUCAUUGUUUAUCGCAUGAGAAAAAAGGAUGAAGGUUCAUAUGCUCUCGAUGAACCCAAACGAUCACCUGCUAUGAAUUCCUAUGCGAAAAAUGCAACAAAUCGAGAAUUUUAUGCCUGAGAUAAUGCAGAACGACGUUAUUAAAUGAAUUUAAUACAAAUAAAAUAAAAAAAAAAACUAAACAACACAAAUAAACAAAAACAAUAUAACAAAAAAAUAAUAAAAUAACAAAAAUAAUUACAGAAAAUGGAUUUUAAAUAAAGGAAAACCAACAUCACUCUCACACUUUAUACAGAAAAAAAACUGAAAUAAUGAAAACACAAAUCUUUUUUACAACAAACACUGCUUUAAACAGCAAUGAUUUAAACAAAAAAAAAACAAAAACAAAUUAAUUAAAUUUAAUUAUGUAUUUAAUUAAAGUAAAGCAAAUUUAUUAGCAGCAUCAUGAACAUGAAGUAAAA